AUGGCCGACCCCGCCCCCCAAGACGCCAACCUCUCCCCCAAGGCGGCCGCCCAGGACUUCAACCAGAGCGAGCACCAGACCUCCGAGCACCAGCUCUCCCUCCGCUCCCUCGUCUCGACCAAGGAGGCUGGUAUCAUCAUUGGCAAGGCUGGCGCCACCAUCGCUCAGAUUCGAAACGACACCGACACCAAGGCCGGUGUCUCCAAGGUCGUCCAGGGUGUGCAAGACCGAGUCUUGAGUGUGACCGGUGACCUCGAAGCCGUCUCCAGCGCCUACGCCGAGGUCGCCCGUCUCUUGCUCGAGACUCCCCUCUCCGACUCUUCUCUCCCUCCCCCUCCUGUCGGCUCCUUCACCUCCAUCCGCCUCCUCAUUUCCCACAACCUCAUGGGCACCGUGAUCGGCCGCUCUGGCUUGAAGAUCAAGCAGAUCCAGGACCAGUCUGGCGCCAGGAUGGUUGCCUCCAAGGAGAUGCUUCCCCAGUCUACUGAGCGUGUUGUCGAAGUUCAGGGUUCUGUCGAUGCCAUCAAGACUGCUGUUCUAGAGAUCGGCAAGUGCUUGCUCGAGGACUGGGAGCGAGGAGCGGGUACCGUGCUCUACCACCCCGGAGCUGCGGGCGAUGCUGGUGUCCUUGCUGGAGGACUCGGUGCUCAGGCUGUGACUGGAAGCACUGGUGGUAUCAGGAGGACUUCUGUCGCUGCUGGUUUCGGCGGCGCCCCCAGUGGCGGUGCCCCUGCUGGGUUUACCGACAGGAGAGUGUCUCGAGGUUCGAUCUCUGGACCUUCUGGUGCUCCCGCUGAGCGAAGGCAAAGCGAAGCGCCCCAGAUCAACCUCAACGACCCCAACCUCCGUACCCAAAACAUCUCUAUCCCCUCCGACAUGGUUGGUUGCAUCAUCGGUCGAGGCGGCUCCAAGAUUACCGAGAUCCGACGACUUUCUGGCUCUCGUAUAUCUAUUGCCAAGGUCCCUCACGACGAGACUGGUGAACGUAUGUUUACCAUCCAAGGUACCCCCGAGGCGACCGAGCGUGCUUUGAUGCUGCUCUACUCUCAGCUCGAGUCUGAGAAGGAGAGGCGUGUCAACGGCGCUGCCGCCCAGGAUGGUUCCAUCACCGGCGACUUUGCUUAA